CUCUAUUUAUAGGAGAAAGACAGAAGGAUAGAGUUGGUACAGCACAGAAAAAGGAAGAAAAAAUCUUUAAGGCCUCAUGAGAAGGGUGUGAAGGAGACAUUUUAUGGCUAUGAUGAAGACGACACAUCCCUCAGCUCUGACAUUUCUCUGUCUCUGUCGACCGGGACCCUGUCUGAUGAGGAACUCUGUGAAGAGUUGUCUCGAUCAGAGAUAGAGAAAAAUUACCAGAAGCUGAUGAAGGAACACUUAGAACUUCAAAGACUGCAUACCAUAUUGACCUCACAGUGUGGAACUAACCUUGACCCUCAAAGAGAACUCAAGCUGAGAGUGGACUUGGAAACAAACCUUUUUCAGUCACAAUGCCAGAUAGAGAAACUGACAAAAGAAUUAACAGACACAAGCAAGAGACUGACUGCUGUUGAAUCCAAAAAAAGUGAGAUACAAGAGAAGAAUAUCAAGUUGACAGAAAGGGUGAAGCAGCUGGAGUUGGAUUGCGGUGAUCUGAGGGAGAAGUUGGAUGAAUCCAGGGAUCUUGUGGAGACGCUGGAAUUCCAGGUCAUGGAGUAUGAGACAGAUGAUCUGGAGACUGACAGAGGAGACCCUGUGUACCCACUUUGGCAGCUGAAACUAGCCAAACUGGUCAUCAUGUCAUCUUGUUAUAGACAGAGAAUGAAUAGGUCACCCAGUAGAGACAGAGCAGAAAAAGGACCUUAG